AUGCGUUACGUUGCCUCCUACUUGUUGGCCGCCCUCGGGGGCAAUUCCUCCCCCAGCGCCAAGGACAUCAAAAAGAUCCUGGACAGCGUGGGCAUCGAGGCAGACGACGACCGACUCAACAAGGUCAUCAGUGAGCUCAACGGAAAGAACAUUGAGGACGUCAUUGCCCAGGGUAUUGGCAAGCUGGCCAGUGUGCCCGCAGGCGGGGCUGUGGCCGUCUCUGCUGCCCCAGGAUCCGCAGCACCUGCUGCAGGUUCUGCUCCAGCCGCAGCAGAGGAGAAGAAGGAGGAGAAGAAGGAAGAGUCGGAGGAGUCAGAUGACGACAUGGGCUUUGGCUUGUUUGACUAG